AUGUCGGUUGCUGAGCAGUUGGUUGAGAUGGGAUUUGAUCCAGAGAAGGCGAAACUAGCUGCGGAGGCUGCUGGAACUUUGGAAGGGGUAUGAAAAUUAGAUUUUUGUGGAAAUUGUCGAAACAAAGAAAUACAUUUUCAGGCAAUCGAUUGGAUUUCGAACAAUGAUGGGGCAACUGUAGCAGCACCUGCACCAGCAGCUACAGAACCUGUGGCAGAAGUUGCAGCAAGUUUCAAGUGUAAUGACUGUGGAAAACUUCUUCGAGACGAGGAUGCAAUCAUGUUCCACGCCUCGAAAACCAAACACGACAACUUCAGCGAAUCUUCUGAGGAAAUUAAACCACUAACCGCUGAAGAAAAAGCCAAACAAGUUGAAGAAAUUCGCGUCAAAAUUAAAGAAAAUCAAGCGAAGAAGGCAAAAAUUGAGGCUGAAGAGCAACGAGAACGCGAACGAAAACGACGUGAAGACGGAAAAGCAAUGAUUGCGAUGAAAGAAGAUAUGAGAGAUCGUGAAUAUCGAGAGGCAGCAGAGAAAAGAAGACGUGAAAAGGCGGAAGAUGAAGCGGUUAAAAGGAAGAUUUUGGAGCAAAUUAAGGUAGGGAAUACAGAGAGAUUUUGUAUCAGAAAAUAAUCUGAAAUUUUUAGGCUGACCGCGAAGCUAAGAAAAAUGGUGGAAAACCAGUUGAAGUGGCGCCAACAAGUUCUGCUCCAACUGUUGCACCAACACCAGCAAAACCACGCGAUUAUAAUUCAACCACUAUUCAAAUUCGACUUUUGAACGGACAAGCUGUGAAACAAGAAUUCAAUUCCAAAGAGACGGUGAGAUUUUUCAGAAUUUUCAGAAGAAUUUCCACAAGCAAGAAAUCUGAUAAUUUUAUAUCUAAAUGUUUCGAUUUUGUGUUGUUCAAAACAUUUGAAAACGUAGAAUAAAUUUUGAAUUUUUCGGCUUAAAAUUCAAAAAAUAAAAUGUAUUUUUUGUAGCUCGCCAUGGUUCGUGCUUGGAUCGAAACAAAUCAUUCGGAUGGUACUCCUUUCACUAUGAUGACACCAUUUCCAAGAAAAGUAUUUGACGAGGAAAAUAUGGAACAACCACUUCAAUCACUUGGUAAGUCUUUAAAAUCUGAAAAUUUUGACUGAACUAUCGAGAUUUUCAGGGUUUUUUACCCCAGAAAAUUUAAUUUUUUAGAUUUGGUACCUUCUGCAAAUAUUGUAUUGACAAGAAAAUAA